AUGAUAACCGUCAGAAGAAAGCUAGCUGUUAUGAAUGAGCUUAUUGUGAAUGCAGAAAAAUCAUCUACAAUGACGAAGUUCAAUGCGGGUAGCAGAAGUGAUGGGAGUGCUGUGGUAGGUUCGGACCAGGACACGAUGUACACUUAUAAAAAUAUAGUUGUUUUAAGUCCAGAUCAGGCUGUGUCAAGGAGUGAUGAUAUACCGGUUUUGAUGAUGAGAGAUGCUGCUGACAGUAGACCUGGUUAUGUAUUUUUGGAACUAGUUAAGGGAUGGGAUUUUUCUAGCAAAUUGUCGGAGUCUAUUGUUCCAGUUGGUGAUAAAUUCUUCGUCUCUAGUGAAGUAUACAGUCGUACUCACAUCGAUGGCAUCAGUGAUUUGACUCGGAUAACCUUUGAAACUAACGGUCCAGCUUCAGGUAUCAGUUAUGAAGUCAGCCCAGGCUUAGUUAAUGUGGACACUGUAAUGUCUCUCCGUUGUCCUAACUGGCCGAAAGAAGCUAACGAAUGGGUGAUUAGGCCUCGUUUGCACGGAUGGCCGAAUAAAACAUUAAGGGAUCAGAUAGUACGGGAUGGCUGUCAUCUUGUCCCUGUAGGAGAUAAAACGUCUGGUGACUCAUUCUUACAAUGGAGAAUUUCUUUUGUUACUGCGGAAAGGAAACUUCUUUAUUCCCUCAGCCAUGUCCAAUUCUUAGUGUACGGACUUCUCAAGUGCUUCCUCCAACAGAUUUCUGAAAUCUUGAAAGAAUUACUAGGGAAUAUUGAAAUUCUUACAUCAUAUAUUAUGAAAACAAUUAUAUUACAUGCGGUUGAAAGUACACACCAUUCACUGUGGCAAGACAGAAACAUAUUUUAUUGUUUCAUGCUCUGCCUGAAAAUUUUGAUCGGUUGGGUGGAAACAGGAUAUUGUCCAAAUUACUUCAUCAAGAGUAACAAUAUGUUCCUUGGCAAAGUUAAUGGCAAAAAUCAAGAAAAACUCCUUCGCUUUCUUAUUGAUCUUCACGAUCUGAAAUGGGAAUGUCUUUCAGUUAACAGGACUUCAUUGACAGCUGUAGGAGAGAUUAUUGAGAUGGUGCGCAAUGGAGAGUGGGAAUCCGUUCUAUAUUCACCAGCUGUUUUUGAGAGGAAACGUGACGAAGUGCUGUUCAACCAGGUAGACAGAAGUAAUAUCAGACGGGAUGCACUUCCUGUGUUAUUAGAACACUUGUCUGCAUCAAAAUCAGAACUGGAUGAGUUCUUGUCUUACGUUCCGAUAGUAUCAGGACUGACAUGUGAAGGAAUAGCGAUAUUUGGUGAACAUCGGCCUAUCAUUGCAAAUAAAGAAAAGUACAAGUUUCUCAGAAAAUGCAAGAAAUUUCUAACACCAUUUGCCGGAGUAAGUACAAGUCCCGGGCUGCUGGCAUUAGCAACAUAUCAUUACCACACUGGGAAUUACCCCAAAGCACUGGAAAUAUGUGGUCACAUGAUCACUUCGGUCAAGAUUCAUUUUGGUUUUCCCUUAGAUUUAAAGGAGGAGACGACCUACAACCAGGUGUGUUGUGGAAGAGGGUACUCGCUGCUGCAUAAAUUCCGGGAGAUAUGUGUAUCAGACUUUGAGUUCAAGCAAAACGAUCUAUGCUUCUGUCCACCCCAACUACACCCAGAGUUUAGAAGUUGCGUUCGAGGUACUACACUUCUGAUUCCCCCUCUCCCCUAUGCUGUGUUCCUGUCGUUCCUUUGUUACCACGAACUUGGUGACAUCCGAAGACGUGACGCAGCCUUGAUUCAUCUCCGGAUCGUGAAGUAUGAUAAGAAACAAGGAGGUAGUUAUUACUGGAUAGUCCACAAUCUGCUGGGAAUCUGUUAUGAAAUAGCUGGGGACACACGAGGUGCACUCAGGGAGUAUAGGAACUCUCUCGGUGUUUGA